CGCUCGAUACACGGAAUCGCCUCGUGGUUCUCGGAAGGCAGUAGACUGUCGUCAGCCACGCCAGACGGCGCACAGCUCGCACACUCACUGCUCUUUCGGAGAUACUCGCCCACCGUCUCACCCACUCUUACCUCUUCUCUCUCUCUCUCUCUCUCUCACAUACACGAACACACACACCACAUUCUUUCUCUCUCUCUCUCUCUCUCGGCGUCUGUCUCUCGAGCACAGUCGUCGGCUUAGCGGGCCGCCAGUUACGCAACAAUAACAACGCUGUCAGGAGGUGUGUAGCAUGCGCGUGCUGUGCCACCUAUACGCCGCCGAACGACCCUGGAACAACGAGCGGGGCCGAUCCGUCGCUUCUGCUGCCGCUGGUGUCGCGAUCACUUGUUGAAAACCCGGUAGGCGAGCGACGCGCGUCCGUUUCGCAACGCAACGGUUCAGAAUCCCCCCGUGUGCUGCUGCCAGUGCGACGAAGAAGUGCGAGCCGCGAGUGUGUCCCGCUGCUCUGUAGCGCCCGGAGGAGCAUGGAAAGUGCGUGCAGUACGGUCGAGCAGGGAUCACGGGGCACGAAGAAGAGCAGCGACGGUCCGGGAGGAUCGGCUCCAAUCGGCUCGGGCCGAGGAUGAAUGAGUGAGAGAAGAAACGGUGUGUUCGGCGCGUCGCGCAGCUGCUGGUGGCCGGUGCUGGUCCCCCGAACGAGGCCCGAGACCAGAUCCGAUUUCCGUUGAUCGGUGCCCGGGAGUCGCGACACCGUCACGACACGUACGGCAGAUCCGCGGAGUCGACGCGCGACGGAGAAGGAUCGCGAGAGGUGCACGUCCGCGAAGUACGUCGCGCGAUUAGGCGCCAAUGACGUCAGCCGGGGACGUGUAAGUCGCUCGGCCGCGUUUACCGACGGUGUUGCGCCGCUGACGGUAGUAAUAUCGUAGUACAGUGUGUCUCUCCGCGGCGGUGGCGGUGGCUGUGGCGGCGGUGGUGGGGAGGGGGGGCAGCGGCCGAACGAGAGAACCCAUGUGGAAUAGGUUGCGCGCGGUAGCCAAUUAUAUUUCGUGCGUGUGCAAUGACUAACUGCUCUCGGCGGCCCGACUGAGAUGUGUUAGUGGGACGGUGUCGUCGACGGACCCGUUUCUGCGUCGGUGUUGCCCCCGGCUACGUCAGCACCGGUCCGACGGGAUUUGCAUGGCAAACAGAUUGACGCGGCGCUGGUAAGUGGAUAACGAGAGAGGAGCCCCGCAUACCAGCCGGGAAAAAGACGGCGGCCGCGCGUCCUCGCGGGAGAGAGAGCCAAACGAAAGAGAGACGAACGCCGAGAGAGCAAGUGUACGCGCUGCUUAAAAUAGAAGAGUGACUUCGGCAGCCGCGAGCCGAACGAACGGUGUUUUCUUCCUCGCACCGAUUGUUGUGCUUCUCCUUCUACUACUACUACUACUACUAUUACUACUACUUCUUCUUCUUCUUCUACUGUGAUACGUUUCUAUAUCCGGUUGCGUCAGAUAUAUUAUACCAGAGAGAGUGUACCAGUGGAAAAUCGGGGUUUUCUGUGAUAAGAGAGGAACGUGUUUCUACGGAGCCACCAACGUCUUCCGAUAUCGAAGUGUCUCCUACGAUGGAUCGUGACUCGUGUUUCUGCGGAGGCUGCGAAAGGACCGAGGGUCGAGCUAUGCCGAUGGAGUAACAAGUGAGCGGCGAAGCGGCGUUGCCAUGACGACAGAGACUCACACUGUGGCGAUGACAGAUCCGCAGUUGUCGAACAACAACAACAACAAUAACGAUGGCGAGCCGAAGUACCUACACAAGAAGUUCAAGAAGAUGGCGACGACCGAGGUCGCGCCUAAGCUGGAGCCAAAGAAGGACGCGGCCGAAAACGACGGUCCUCCAGAGAUGCUCAAGAAGAAGGACUGCGCGAAGGAGUCGCUCAAGGAGCCGAUCAAGGUCGAGACUUCUCCGGAACCAGUCGACGGAGAGCCGACCGAGUCCAGGAAGAGCGGCUACGUGUGUCCUUAUUGCAGGCUCUCGUGCGCCAAGCCGAGUGUCCUGCAGAAGCACAUCAGGGCGCACACGAACGAGAGACCGUACCCCUGCGUGCCGUGCGGCUUCGCUUUCAAGACCAAGUCGAACCUCUACAAACACUGCAGGUCCAGGGCUCACGCUUUGAAGAUGGAGGGUGGCGACGCCAGCAAGGUCUCGGAGGACUCGGAUAUCAGCCUGUCCGACAGCGCGAGCAACGGCACGGGCACACCCCCGCCGCCGCCGUCGUCGACGCCGACGACCACGGUGUCCAACAUAAAGACAAUCCGCACCGGGAAAAUCUAUAAGCCAAAAUUCCACACCGCCCUGCAAUGCGUGAACAAUGACGCAGAAACGUCUUCCCUCUCCUCCGUCUCUUCCAGCAACAGUUCUUCCUCCACCAACGCGAAGCCCAAUCCCGAACAAGUGCAGGAGCACAUCGAUAAGAUUAUCACCGAUAACCAGGCGAUCGUCGACGCGGUGGACCCGCGGCUGCACAAGCUGAUGCAGAGGCAGCAGAGCCUCGUCGACCAACCGUUGAAUCUGUCCUCCGUCGAGGAGUCUUCCAGGAAACGUUGCUACAGCGAGAGCUUCGUGAAAGAUGGCAAAGAGUGUUCCGAGAGCUCGUUGAUCAAGGAUCUGCUGUUGAAAAAUUCGAAUCAGGACGGAUUGGACAACGAGAACUAUCUCUGCCCGACCUGCAACAUCUCCUACUCCAGCAUCGACAACCUGGAGACCCACCGCAGGUACUACUGCAAAGGCAGCAGUCCCCUGAAAGAGUGCCAACUGGAUGACAAGUCCGACUUCGAAUCAAAGUCUUCCGACUACUACAACGCCCUGCAGCCUCUACCCUCGCCAGGACCUCUGUUAGGCAACACGAGGCUAGUCGAUGCCUACGCGCCGCCCGCGAAAAAGCAGAGGUCAGAGUCAGUGCCCACGACCCUACGAUCCUUGGAGGAACUUAGUAAAUACCCAAGACCGAACUCGCUGCAGAUGUUCGGCGGGGAAGUCCGGAUUCUGGACAACACCGGGGAGACAAAGACGAUGAGGAUCGAACCUAGACAGACCAACUCGCCGACCAGCGAGCACAUAGUCAGCAGCAAGUGCGCCACUUCGGAGACAGCCUCGAUUGUAGUCAGGUCUGGGCUCCAUUCCGGUGGUACCAUGGUGCACAAACCUCCAGGCACGCCUACGAGUACACCUAGCGCGAUGUCGUUGGCCAGCACUCCGCAGAUGCUGGCGCCGAUCAUACCGAACAUAUCAGCCCCUAACAUAGCGCCCAGCAUGUCCUGCUACAGCUACCUGGAGCCGCAUCUCAAUCCUUUGACCAGUAUCACUGCCUACAACCCGCUGACCCUACCGCAGGCUGGCAUCUCGAGCAUCCUGCACGCCGGUAAAGUGAUCCCCUACGUACCCGGAAUGCCCGGUCCGCACACCCUCGCACCCGCCAUAGAUAUAUCCUCUAGCAUCGCCACAGGGAACCCAGGGUACAAGGUGAUCCCAGGUCUGCCUGGCCUUCAUAUGGUCCCGCAGCCCCUGGAUCUGGCUAGCCCUGUUAAGGUGCAGACCCCCAGUGUUCCUGGGAUUCCUGGUCCGAUAGGACAGCCUCUUGACCUAGCCAGCCCGGCUAAAGAAGUCAAGAUGGGAUUUAAAACGCCUGGAAGCGAUCAGCAAAUCACGAAGACCGGAUUCAUGAGCCCUAAAGUUCCUAGCAAGGCAGACCCCCCCGCGACAGAGAAAUAUAGGAGAGUGUCGGGAGACACGGUGAAGAUGGAGCUCGACCGUCAUAUCAAGAAUAGCGCGGCAAUGAAGUAUAAGGAGGGUUCUAGAAGAGAGUUCUAUGACAGGAGUCCCAAGGCUGAUGGAAAGAUGUUUGGUUAUUCGAAUGGCGUUGAUGUCGCUGCCUCGAAUUCGUACAGUAAGUCGCGAUACUCGCCUAGGGAAUCGGAGAGCAGGAAGAGGAUUUCCGCGUGGAACGAAUCGGAGGGUAGUAAAACCACGCCCCCGCCUCAGGCCAUACCUCAGGCUCCGCCCCUUGAGAACGGUCGUCUCAAAGUCAACUUCAACGAUAGUAAAACGAAAACUAUAGAUAGUUAUAGUACACUGAAUGGAGCAGACAUGAAGGCCGAUACCGUGGCACCCAUGGUAGUUCUAAACGUGGAUACUUCGAAGACAGAAGGACCAGUUAGAGUUGAAGUGAAAGACAAGUCUGAGGCCAGGUCUCCGAAAAAUGGGGAUGCUACUAACGAGGAAAUCAAUUCGAGUAAGUUUCUGAGGCCCACCUCGUUGCCUUUGAAGCCAGGUACCUUCACGCCUAAGAAACACCAUGGUAUCACCCCCACAGCGAACACGUUACCCCUCAUCAGCCCCGAGACACCGAGGCCCAAGAAGUCCUAUGGACAGCUUUAUUUGAACGGACACGCUUAUACAUAUCUGGGCUUGAAGUGCUCGACCAGGGUGUUUUAUUGUACGCUAAAUAGACCGCAGCCUAUGUACGUCACCCAGCAGCAUGGUUUGUCCAUGUAUUCUAACUGGAAAAUAUGCAAGGAGGCGCCACCUGACGUCGACAUGGCACAUUAUGACUCCAGACACCGGCCCCUUAAUUAUACUACCGCGUGGAAAAAAGAGGAGGAUAUUUUAACGCAUUCUUCGCAAAGACCUACUACGCCAACGAAUCAGGAUAGCGGGUCUGACGGUGAUUCGCAAGAAAAGACUAAGAGAGUGAAGAUUUUUGAUGGAGGGUUCGAGAGCAAUGAGGAUUAUACCUAUGUCAGGGGCAGAGGUCGAGGUCGGUACGUUUGCGAGGAAUGCGGCAUCCGUUGCAAGAAGCCUUCCAUGUUGAAGAAACAUAUCAGAACGCACACGGAUGUGCGGCCGUACACGUGCAAGCACUGCGCUUUCAGUUUCAAAACCAAAGGCAACCUGACCAAACACAUGAAGUCCAAGGCUCACUAUAAGAAGUGCGUAGAGCUGGGCGUUGUACCAGUUCCAACUACAGUCUGCGAUGAGAACAUCGACAAGGAAGCCAUCGCUAGACUAGCAGCAGGUGGCAACACCGAAGAAUCCUCGGAGGAAGAAGAAGAAAGCGAUGGAGAGGAGAGUGAAGAAUCUGGCAGCGAGGAGCAGGAAGCUGCUCAGAGUCUGCUGAGUCUCUCUCAGCGAAACGCUAAUAGACUUCCAGGGCUCUUACCUUCAGGCAGGCCCACGACCUAUCCAUAUACGCUGACCUUCCCAACAACCUCUGCGUCGACCACUAUAUCAGUCAGUGUCAGCAACACUGCUCUUAGUGGACCAACUGUCAGUAGCCAAGGCACCACUGUGGUCAGGAACGAGCUUCCAUAUCGUUAUUACUUUCCCUCUAGCAGGGCUGCUGAGGAGUCGAGGACGACUGUAAUUCAAUCAUCUAAAAAGGAGACCAAUGAAGAAGUAGACGAGGUUGACGGCGAUUCAAGAAAUAGUUUGCCUCAACCUAUGGAUCUUACCACAAAACCAACUCUACAACCUCUGCCAUCGCCUAUUCCUCAAAGAGCCAUGCCAGCAGACAUUUUGACCCCAGUUUCUGAACCUGUUUUAUUGCAGACCAUAGUUCAAACCAUGGAGAGGCUGCCAAUACAGGGUAGGGAGUGGAAGCAGGAUGCAGAAGGCCAUAUGUUGCAAGCCUACCUGACCGAGCGCCAUGUGAUGGAUAGUAAAAUCAAGCAGCAGUAUCGAGUUGGUACUACGAAGGCCGAGAAGCAACCUAGGGACUUCUUCAGGCAGCUUUCAUCGAAGUCGAAAAGCAUGGAGUCUACCAAUGUCCUCACUGUGACCUACACCGACCCUAGCAAAAUGCAACAUACAAUUAUGGACACUAGAGUGAAGAUCGUGAAACAUGUGGAUGACGUCAAGAUGGAAAUCAGGGAGAAAAUUUAUCACAACAAGGAACAGGGGAGUCACGAGUUGAUGAAUUCUGUUAGCUCGAAGUCUUGUGUGGAGUAUGGGGUGCCUGUGAUUAACAGUUGUGAGAGGCUAGGCGAGUCCACUAACAGGAGCUCGCCUAAAUCUUUUGCUUUGGAAGCUAACAACAGAUUGCUGCCAAUUUCUCAUAUGAAUAAUGAAACUGAUAGAAGUUCAGUUCUAAAGACUAUAAAUGUUAACCAGGAGAUCAGACCAAGUGGUCACGAAGUCAGGCCACCAUCGUCAGAUUUGAGAAUGCAGAGCCAAAGCCCUAGAAACCUAGAUAUGAGGCCCCCAAGCAGAGAAUUAAGAUUGCAGGACUAUAGAGGUCAGUUACAGGAGCUGAGACCUCCAAGUCAAGACUAUAAGCUAUGCAGAUCAGAGUUAAGGUCUCCUAAUCGCGAGUUCAAGCCCUUAAAUCAAGAGAUGACACCAUUGGGAACACCAUUAGCUACCAUGGACUCGAGGCAGGAUAAUAGACCCCCUAGUAGAGAUAUGAUUUUGUUGUCGGAUUACAGACAUCCUCAGACGCAGGAGUCCAGGGUCAGCUUCGAAACCAUACCUCUGGCUAUGCAUGAAGUACCUAAAUUGCAGGAAGUGUCUAGGACUAAUAUUGAUAUGAGAAACAUGGAGCGGGUUGAGUUGAAGCAUAAUGAGAUGACAAAGCAGAGUAUAGCUGAUAGUAUUAAGCAUACUGUAGCGAGGAAAAUGGUAGUCGGAGGGCCAGGAUUCAGGUCACCGUCGCCCACUGCGGGAAAUUCGAAACCACAGGCUGAGUUCUUGCAGCCUUCUAGCGGGCCUGCUUCGAAUUAUGUCAGUGUGACCGAGGAUGGAAGGAGCGUCUGCGGCAUUUGUAACAAGGUGUUCAGCAAACCUAGUCAGUUACGAUUGCAUAUCAACAUUCACUACUUCGAGAGACCGUUUAGGUGCGAGAGCUGCGCGGUUUCUUUCCGAACCAAAGGUCACUUGACAAAGCACGAACGAUCUGUUUCUCAUCAUAACAAGGUUAGUAUGACUUCAACCUUCGGAGCAGCGACCACCAGCAAUCCUAGGCCAUUCAAGUGCACCGACUGCAAGAUUGCAUUCAGGAUACACGGUCACUUGGCGAAGCACCUCCGAAGCAAAAUGCACAUUAUGAAGUUAGAGUGUUUAGGGAAAUUACCGUUUGGAACAUAUGCCGAGAUGGAGAGGUCUGGCGUCAAUUUGAACGACAUUGAUACUACUGACUGUGAUAAUAGUCUUACUAGUCUUCAGAUGCUGGCUCAAAGGCUCUGUGAGAAAGACCCCAGCAAAAUCGGGCAAUGGGAUUCUGAAGCGCUUCCCAGCCAAGCUAUAAGUGGAGGAGAGACCUCUUCAGACGAGGGUGAACCCAUACCGCAACAUGCAAUGCACCCAUGUCCUCCGAAAGCGACCACAGACGCAGACAUGUCUCGAUCAUAUCAUGUGCCAAUCGCUAACGAAGAUCCAAAGUCUGAUGUCCUCCUGGGGAAUCCUUCUCAGUUUACGCAGCUGGGUUGCGAGUACAACGCAAAGGAAAGACCCAUGGAACCUGUGUUCCCCAUGGAAGACACCAGGCCGGAUGAGAACACGCAACCGUUCAAGUGCCAAAUCUGCACAGUGUCCAUGCGCAGCAUGAACGAGUUCCAAGUGCACUGUUUCGUUGAACAUAAUAUCGAAUCGGACUCUAGUACAAAUAUACACAGGGACAAGUGUACGGAGAAGGAAAAUACUCAGCAGGAGCCGGCAGGCAAGGAGGAUCACAGUAGACAGAAAACUGACGACACGUAGUGCCAAAUCAUACAGAAGUUGUUCGAAUGAAUUUGUUGCCGUACCAGUAAAAUAGGAUAAAUUGUGAGAGAAUUGUUCCACCGCGUUUCGGAGGAAAUUAUGGUGAGAGAUCGAAGUUUGUUUCUACUGAGAGAUUUCCAUAAAUAAUUUUAGUUAAAUUGGAAAAACAUUAAUGUUGUAAAUACAAAAACAUGAUACUGUUUUGAGUUUGAACAUUCUAAUGGAGAAAUACAUUUUGAAAUUUUUAAAUAUAUUUUUUUAACAAACGUUUAAUUUUUAAACGUUAUUUUAAAUUUUUCAAUUUUUGAUCAGAGUUAAAAAUUCGACAGAAUUUUAAGAUUAUGUAGCAUUUCCUCCUUUCUUUGCAGUUGUAAAAUCUUCGUACUUUCGAAAAUAUCAGAGAAAUACCAAAAUAAGAAGAAACUAAAUGUAAAUGUCCAUUACAGUUUUCUGACAAUUGCUUUCGAUUAAGGAACAUCUCGUUUCUUUAUUAACAUUGUAUAUUUAUUUUUAAUUUGGGGAAGCACAUGUAAAUAUUAUUGUGAUGUAAAGCGGUGUAAAAUACUCUAACUGAUAGUGCAAAAAUUUCAAUUUUCGUUUUAUAAUAUUUCAAACGGAAAAAGAUAGUUAAAAAUGAAAUACAAUGAUACAAAAAAUAGCUGUAUGCAUAUUGCGUUGCAUAAUAUUAUAGUAUGAAUUAUUCGUCGUCUUAAAAGGCCAUCAGAAUGUUAUAAAUAUAUUUUUUUUAAAUAUUCUUCAGGGAAAUAAUAUAUUACAAAAAUCUUAAUUCUGAAGGAAAUUCUUUUGGAAAUAAAAUGAGAUUUCCUUCGAAAAGUGAUGGAACGUAACUUUUAAGAGCAUAGUUCUCAUACCCAAUGCAAAAUACGAUAUUUAUAUACAAUAGUCUUGUAUCAAUACGAGGUGCAAUGGACUGGCAUGUGAUUCUGUAUUUAAAGUGCAACUGUUGCGUUCAAUAUUAAAAGAGUAUUCUAAUAUUACAAAUAUAAUAUUAUAUCACUAUUAUUGGUACAUCAAGCAUACACACAUACACAUAACGUGAGCAUGAGUGUACGAAUAAAAGAAAGCACUUAUGACUGAAUCUACAAAUGUCCUAAUAAAUUUUUUGUUUUAAACAACAAUACUACGAAUUACAGAAUUUGUUUAAAUUAUACAUAUUUAUUUCUUUGUAUUUAUAUUAAAGUAAAUAUAACUUUUGUUCAAUCAAAGUGUCUUCGAAGAGAAAAUGAUGUCACUUAUGACACAAAAUUGCCAAGACCUUUGAAUUAAAAAAAAGGUGUUGAAUAAUUUUUUAAUAAUUAAUGGACAUUUGUAAAGUCAUUGUUAAGUGAAUUAUUUUGUAUGGAUGAAUGACAUUAGCAAGAGUAAUUACACGAAUUAUUGUUGACAUAGGAGAAGAUGUGUUUGUACAUAUUUAUGUAUGAUAUAACGAGAUCAUGUUAGUCUUUAUAAUAAUUUUAAGAGGUCCGUAACGAGAGCAGAAUCGGUUAUUCGGUUCCAAUAAUUUCGAUCAGAUUUUUCGAUUGAUUAAUCACAGGUUUAGGUUGUAAGUAAUAGUUGUUACAAGAUGAAUGAAACAUUUCAUAUCAGAAUUAGAACUGAUACUUCAGAGCAAGAUUGAUUGAAAUUACAGUUGAUAGAGACUACAAACGAUGGUUCUAGCUUUUUUACCGCAAAACUAUAUUUUAUAACGUUGUAUAUCUGUGCCAAAGUUUUUGUUAACUUCUGACAAUGUUGCUCUGUGUACAGAAAGUUGUAAUGAAUUUUUGUAAUGAGAACAGUGCCACAAAUAGCAUGAAUUUGUACAUAUAAGUAUAUAGAAAUUUGUAUAUACAUAGAGAAACUGGGUGGAGAAUUUUGAGACAUAAAAUGAGAGUAUAAAAUUAAGUAUUUAUUCAGGUACUUUUUGGUGAUUUUUAUUGAAUUUAUAAAAAAAUAUGCUGGAUAACCGAUUCUUUGGUCUCCCCUAAAUUGUUUAAGGAGAAACAGACCUUCCACGACAGACAGCUAUCACAUCGUAUUGUUAAUUACACUGUCUAACAAGUUUUUAUAUUUUCUUUGAAUCUCGAUAACCAAUAGGUGAAAAAUUUAUAUAAGAUUUCUCAUUUAAAUAUUUAUACUGUUAUUAUAUGUUACUGUUAUUUUUAUGAGAUCAUAGAAUUAUCUUAUGCAAGAAGAAUUUGCAUAGUUCUAACAGUUGAAGCUCAUAAGUUCUCAAUGGUGAAAUUUGGUUGAAGAGUACUGUCUUUUUUUAAAUUUUUUAAAAAGUGAGAAUGACGGGCAAACAUGAUUUUUAAAAUCUAUGGAUAUUGCCUAUUGGUUAUCGAAACACAAAAUUGAUGGUGGACAGUGUCAUUUAUCAGCACCCAAUUCCCAACAUCUCGCUCGAGUACGAUUUGUCUUUCCUACAAUGUAAUCAGGUUUCGAUUAUCAUAAUUUGUACCUAGAUGUGCUUGAGAGGAUCCAAUAGACUAAUAGAAAGAUCGCACAAUCAUACACAUUGAGGUCCAGUCGAGGUGGUUGUCGCCAAACAUUAUCAGCGUAGCAUAGUUGACCUAGCAUUCGGUGUAUAUUCAUUCUAAAUGCUAUUAACACCGAUUCACAAAGGCCACGUAUGAAUUUCCGGAGUGUGCACGUGUGUAUGUCCAGAAUGGCCAAGCCAACGAAUGGAAAAGCUAAUUUUUCCAUUGAUAUGAAACAACAUUGUGAGUUACAACUAGAGCAGAAAGAAAUAUUUUGGAGCGUAGCUGAAGCCAAAUUUCAUACGAUGGUGUGUGUACAUGUCUCUUUACUGUCUAAUGAUAUAAUUACUAAGAUAGUCCUUUCAGAUUAUCAUUCUGGAUAUAUUUUCGAAGACCAAUUGAUCUUUCCAGGGGCAUCACAUACUUUCAUCAGUGCAUCAAGCAUAAUUUACAUAUCAAAUCUAAUUAGGUUUAGGAACGAUGAGUGUGAACCAUUUUUAUUGUUCUAUGCUAGAAUGACUCGAUAGAAAAUUUAUAUCAACUUCCAUGCAAGGUGUCCAAGUACAUUUCACACUUAUUCGAUUCGAUAUAUUUUUCGACGACUUGCACAGAUUUAUGUACAAAUAUUUUCAGUUGAAAUAUUCGAGAAAAUGGCUUAGAAUUAGAUUAGACGAGAAUGAUAUGAAAUGUAGAACAAAUUCAAAAGUACAUAUGCAACACUUUUUAUCGUGUACAAAGCAUUUUUCAUCUAGUAACUCAUACUCUUAUCAUAUUCUAAAGAAAUAAUAAUUAAUAUGUAUAUUUUAAAAGUUUGGUUUGAAUCAGAUGAGUUAAUUCUUUGAUAAGAAUUUUUGUGCAAGACGCAAAUACAAUUGUCUUCCAUUAGACUUCUAAGUAAGAAUCAUAAUUUUCCAAUCAAGGUUCGUUAAAAAUUAUCAAGAGUGAUUAUAGAGUGUUUCCCCUUGCGUUUCUUGUCAACACUUUCGGAGAUCUUAUAGCAUAUAUAUAUAGAAAAUAGUUAAAAAUUAAAUAUUAAAAACAGUGAUAUAAAAAAUAGCUAUACUAUAUUGUAUUUUACAUACCAUAAUGGUAUACAUUAUUUCUGUGGCUUGAAAGACCAUCAAAAUGUUAUAAAUAAGUUGCAUAUUAUCAUAUUUAAAGAUUAUGUAAAAAGUUGGCUUGGCUCUUUCCAAACUCAGUAUUAAAAAUUUAAAGAAUAACCAAGAAUACACAAUAUACGAAUUAUUUUUUAUGGGACUGUGUUCUUUGAGAAAAUUCUUCCAAAAUUAAUUGUCAUUUUUAAAUGGAAUUUCUGAAACGGUCCAUAUAUUUUUACGGUUUCGAGUUUUAUAACAAGCAAUGGCGGCAGCAUAAACAAUCGGCAUCACCUACAACAAUUAAUGUGAUUAAAAUUUUAUAGAACUAUUUUCAGACACGUUAGAGUUAUGUUUAUACAACGAGUGGUGAAUCAUAUGCUUUUGUAAUGAAUUGUCCCAAUUAACAUUACAUUUAAAAAAAAUAUUACGAAGUUAACGAUAAAUAUCAGACAAUGGGACCGGAGUAGGAUUUUUAAAAACAUAUGCAGAAAACCAUCAAGAAUAAUGGCUUUUACGAAAAACCGUGAGGAUGCCAAUACUUCGCUAGUGUCACUGUCACUCUUUCUUCCUAAUUCUGUGACUCUGUUGAACUACUGAUGAAAAUGUAAUUUAUUUAUUGUAAAUAAAAAACAUAUAUUGCUUAAAAUGUUUUAUAUUAUAUGAUCUGCAUUAGUACGUAAUCAAUGGAGUUUUUGUUGGAGAUUGUGAAAAAGGAUUUAAAGAUUAUAAUGAGCUAUGAGAUAUAUUUCAAUUGAAAUUGUUAUAAUUUUCUACGGUAGUAUUGCAAGCAUAAAAGUACAACUUUAUGAAUAAUAUGGGAUGGGAAUAAAUAUUUAAUUUACAAUAA